AUGACACCUCAAUGGCACAUUUGGGAUUUACCUAGCCAAGACAUUGGGGGAGCCUUCAACGCGCGGGCGCGUUCAAUGGACGACGAAUCUGCUGCUGCCGCGAUUCGAGCGUACUUAUCGCUCGAUGAAGUGGGCUCUCCACUGGCACGCGCAGCUUUACCUCCACAAAUGCCUGAUGAACCAGAAGAUAACUGGGCAGUUGUCGACUAUAUUGAAAUAAGCAAAAACCAAACAACACAGCCUGAUUUAUUUGCCUAA